GACUUGGGGUAAAGGGGCUUCUGGGUUCUUUUUUCCCCUUUCCAUUUCAAGAGUCUGUCAGUUGUUUGUUUUAUUUUCAUUUCUUGAGCUUUUGAAGCCGUCCUGCUUAGGUGACUCGAGACUAUUGGGGUCAAUAGGCUGCUGACAUGACCGCUGCCCUCAGAUUCCUGUUACUGGGCAAUAAGGCAGAAAAGCCAACCUACUUGUUGAUUUUUCCUGGACUUGCAACAUUGAUAUUCAUCUGCUGGCUUGACGUGCUGCUUUGCGAGUGCAUUUCUAACUCUGGUGGACUCCAUGCAUCAGAAAGGCUUUGUUCAGGAAAUCUUUCACAGCUCAUGAGAAAGAACAAUAGGGCCCUCCAGCUGAUGCAGGAUGAAGUGUCCCCAGAUGAUCUUUUAGAGAAACAAGGGGCUUCAGCGCUAUUUACUCGGCUGUGGGAGCUGCGUUAUAGGGGACAGGGAUAGGGGGUAAUGCGAUUAAAGAAAGAGGAUGAGAUGUCAGAAAGUUCCUCGAGGUAUUCAGCAACAGCUGCUGCGCAUCCUAUUAGAGAGCGGGGCCAAGGCGACUCCAGGAUGUGCUCCACAUUUUGAAAACACUUCACAUGUGGCAGCCACAGACGCCAAAUCAAAGGCAGAUGAACAUGAAGGUAUCUCAGCAAAUGAAGCCCACCGCAAUGGCCAUAAUGUGGGCUGGCAUUGCCUUCAGUGUCAUGUCCUGCACCUCUGGCUUCUCUCAUGGCGCAAACCCCUCUGCCUGUAUUGAUAUGAAGCCGAGACAUAUUCAGGUCGGACCCCAGCACCCCCACAAGAGCUCCAUCACUCUGCGCACUGACAGGACCACCUACCUUCCAGGGCAGACAGUGACUGUGACGGUGAGGAGCACACGAGACUUUAUGGGAUUUUUGAUUCAAGGCCGUCGUGUCACCGAUAAUCAGAUCGUUGGCUCCUUCAUCGUUUUCCCUUCCGAAUCCAAACUUCUUCAGUGUCAGAAGUCGGGGGACUCAGUGACGCAUUCGGACAAGUCACUCAAGCGGAACCUCUUCUUUGUGUGGAAGGCACCUGCUCUGUCCGUUGGGGACAUCCAGUUUUACGUCUCCAUUGUGCAGUCCUACUUCAUUUACUGGGCCAGAAUCAACUCGACUGUGGUUCGUGACGUGACGCCAAAGGGAACGACACCAGCGGCGCUCCAGAACGGGCAGUUCUCUACAUCUGGAGAUUGGACUGCCAAUUCCUCGCUGACGAGAACCACGGAGGCCAUUUCAGACGCGGGUCACAAUGAAGCCUCACUGUUUGAAGAAGACACCCAGGAAAACAAUGAGGAGAAGCUCAGGGCUGCAGCAACACAACAGAAGCAGAGCCUGACUGAGCCACUUGACCACUUCAUGCAAACAAGGGCAGGAGGCAAGAGCACGGCCGGAGAACUGGAGCGGUGCCACGGCUGCCGAGAAGAUGCACAAGCUAGAAGUUCAAAAGAUGUGACCGAUGUUUCACGAUCUUGGAGUGAGACCUUCCUGUUACCGACUAGCUGGCCUCAAGUGGAGACAAGCAGUGUGGUGACUUCCCAACUCCACCAGCACCAGGCCACCAUGGCGGACAAUCCAUCUCCAGCGCUGAAGCAGUCCGUCCUCGUGACGCUGAAGGCUUCGGCCGACUUUCUUCAACAGACAGAGAAGGGCGAGCCCAGAGAGCAGAAAGCAGGGAGGGACAGAAACAAAUCCCUAGGAGCGGAGAGCAGGCCCACCCAUGAGGAUGGAACAUCCAGCAAGGAAGGAGGCAACUUGGCGAGGGGCUCUCAUCUCGGUGCGGUUGAGCUGGGGAUCCUGCUGGGCUGCUCGGCAGGUCUGGGCAUGGCGAUGGCGGCAGGUCUCCGGUACCUCCGCGCUCAGUACUGCCGCAAGCGAACCGAGGUGUCCUUCACCGAGCAGAACAAUGGCAUCAUUCACGUACAAGAAAGCGGAGAGCUGGUCCAGGUACGGAAGGUCAGAGAAAACAGCUUUGUGUUGGUCCAGGCCGAGUAUAACGUGAUCACACCUCCCGGGAAGUGAAAACCCUCAACGUCUCACUUCUCCAUUCCUCGACUACUUGGGGAAUCGCCUUCAAUCUUUGAAUAGUAGCCAAAGAAGUAAAUAUAAUCAAAUGGUAGCAAACGACCACCCUCUCCUCGGUGGUCAACCGUAGUUAAUCCAUGUUAGUGGAGACGUGUGACUAAACCAUUGUGACGUUGUGUAAACAAUGAAUAAACUCAUCCCACCAGCUCAUGUGCCUUCAGAUGCCAUCAUAACGAUAGAGCAGCUCAGCACACCGCCAAGUCAUUCAUCUCUCAAAACCUUUCCUCCGCAAGAAGAUGGUGGGACAGCAAAGCCUAUCCUGGUAGAACUGGACACAAGGCAGGAGCCCGCCGUAGACAACAUGGCAGUCCACGUAGUCCUGGGUAGAACUUCCUUCAAGGUGUGUCUCGACUGGGUCCCGGAACGUGAAUUCAGUU